GGUCACUUUAGAUGGCGUCGCUGUUCCAUCGUGGUGGUAGAUAAUUCACAUGCGUCUUUUUCUCUCUCUAAAAUAAUAAGAUAUCUAAAAUUACCUCGCAGCAUUUAUUUUCCAACCAUUUGGUCGGAAAUUUUCGGUAAUUCAAACCGAGCAUUGACGCACAAUUCAAGGAAUUAUUUCCCAUCGCUCACGGCGUUUUUAAAAAAUCCGAGAUAAAUCUGAAAAUAUAAGAAAAAAAAAACGAGUUAUCAGUUACACCCAGCAGCGAUCGAAUUUCAAAGUCCAUCAAACAGCGAAAAGUGGAAUUAAUAAUAAUAAUAAUACCGUGUUGGAUUACUUAUAUUUCUUUCGGGGGGUAGACAUUUCAUAAUAAUGCUGGCCAAGUAGAAAAAAUAAGUUUGAUGGCAUCAACGGCUUGCACACACACAUGCGGUUUUUUUUAAAAAGAAGAAAAGGUGGUGGUGGUGGUGGGGGGGUUUUUAGGUGGGCGAGGCGAUAUGCCUUUGGGUGCGCAGCGGCGGUGAGUGGCUCAAAGGUCGUCCCGUCGGUGCGAUGAGCUGACAAGCAGCGGCUUCCUUUGAUCUUAAGCGCGUCCAAGUCUUAACGUAGACAGCCUGCCGCUUUUCCCUUUGACGGCGCUUUCCUUUGAUCAAUGCCGCACGCCGACACUUUUCUUUCUUUCUCUGUGUGUGUAUAGUUUAUACGCACACAUAUGAGGGGGGAAUUUAGAAAAUCUUCUCUUCUUUUUUGAUAGAAGAAAAUUUUGUUUUUCUCCUUCCGAGUCGGGAGAUUUUUUUUUUUUCUUUGGAAGGGAAACAAUUGUAUCAAUCGCGCCGGAUGAAAAGAGACGUGUGGUCUAUUGUGUAUAGGUGGGAUGAAAAAGGAGGGGUUGGGGGGGGGAAAGAGGGCGGAACGGGGCGUGUCGACCAGAAGAGUCGGCACCUUUUGGGGCUUCUUUUUUUCGGCGUAGUUAUACACAGAGCGAUCAUCACCACCGCUUUUUCCCCACUUCUUCUUCUUCUUCUUUUUGUUUGUUCAGACCCUCCUACUCCUCCUUCACAAGUAUAAAAGUGGCCCAGUCGGCCACUUUCCCACCCAAACGUUUGCCCAGUGCUCCCGCUGAAACAAGUCGAAACAAACAGCAAUGUCCCCAUCCCCAGUACUAGUGCCAUUACUCGUCAGGUGAACUACUACCACUACCACUGCUACUACCACAGGAGAAUUAAAAAUUUGAAGUUGAAAUUGAAACUUUGAACAACGGGAAAAAAAUGGAAAAGUGCUGGUUGUUUGUCGUUUUGUUCUUGUGCCGAGCUUCGGCCACUCCGAUCUAUCCGUCAGAGACCAACAACAACGUCAUCAACAACAAUGUGACGACCAACAACAACAGUUCGCUCAUUACUGACAAUCUAUCUAGUCCCCAUCGGUCGCAACAACAACAACAACAACAACAGGAGGAGAAUCCCGAAUGGGAAAUUCUGUACGACAAGGAAAUCGGAACGUGGUGCCAACCCGCCACUUCCGAUUUGUUGCCUCCGCCACCACCUCAUUUUAGUGAACAACAAUUUCCCAAUCUGCAGAGGAUGACGGCCAACGCCGGAUCCAGUAAAGAUUCCGCAAUGUUGACCCGCUGGGUCGAUGCCGCCCUCAAACUCGUGCGGAGUCAAACGCUUCACAUUAAUUGCAGUUCGGACGGAGUGUGUCCGCCGGAUGAAACGGAGCAACAACAAAGUACGACGGCCAACACGUUGAACCGACCCGUGGCCAGCAACAUGAACCUCUACGUCGCCAUGGCAACGGACGUGAAACACCAAAAACAUAAACUGGAAGCCGUUUUACCUGACGGCGCCUUGACUAAAACUGGCGCUCACGACGCCUGGAUCGUCCUGGACCCGACGCCUCAUCUCGCCCUGGGCCACACUCUGUACGUCUUUGUCAUCGAUUUCAACACGUCCGACGUCAAUUGCAUCGCCGCUGGCGGAAUUCCCCUAGAUGGAGAUGAAUGCAUCAAUCAAGUGUUCAAGAAUCGGUGUCCCAACCGGAUGAUGGUGAGGAGAGCCACGGCCGGCGCCACCCACUGGCGCCACAAGGGCCAGCACCGAUGCGACGUCGAUUUCCUGCCACUGGUCCACCUGCAAAACAAGGCGCCACUGCAGAGCGAACAGCGGCUGUUGUGCAGCAACGACGUCAAAGGAUUGGCUCCUUGUCCGCAGCUGCGGACGUGGAACGAAACGUCGGAAUUGAUUUGCGAUCCGCUCAGUUCCAAUCAUAAAAGAUGCGACAGCACCCAGGACGUGGUCAAGACCCGGUGUCGAUUGUUCGAGACUUGCGACCAGGCCGUUCUCAUUUCCGGCGGAUGGAAUUGGCAGUGGAGCGGAGAGCGGGAAGUCAACCGGUUGCUCUCCAUGUACCGAAUGUUGCGUCACAACGGAUUCGACAAGCAGAGCAUUAAAAUCUUUUUCGCCAACGGAGCCAGGGCUAAAAGAGGAGGAGAGCACAUUGUCGAUCCGGCGGAAUCGGUGGCUGCGGGAGCAGCACUUCCGGCCGAUCCAUUUUCCUUUUCAGCGCCCAAAGUGUUGAACGGUGGUACGGAGAAACCAGUGAACCAACAUCGACAUCACGACCACCAUCCGAACGAACGUCCCGCCAUGUAUCCGGCCUCGUUGAAAAUUGGCCUGCGAAAUCACAUCCGCACCAUGUGCACCACUCCGCAUUGUGCCGACUCGCUCGUCGUUUACCUGUCGAGUCCGACCCGACCGGAUGGCGCUUCUCUUUUGUGGGAUGCCGACAACAAUGGAGAGUAUGACGAAACGGAGGUUUAUACCAUUCGUGAAUUCCUUCGCGACAUCCAGGAUUGCGUGGCCCGCCAGGUGGUCGUGUUGGUUGACCAGAAUUAUUCGGGACUGUUGGCCGACGGUUUGAAACGAUCGAAACGACACGCCAACGUCUUGAUGUUCACCAGCGGCCAAUCGCAUCAGCUGUCGCACGUCGGAGAAUUCACGUACCACUGGGCCAAUUAUCCUCACGGCCACUCGUGUCUCUCGCAAGCCUUCAAGGAUUCGUUGGAUGUUGUCAAAUUCUCCACCAGUCGGUACGAAGAUUCUUCUAAUGGGACGUUAAAAUACAAUUUAUUCGGGGCUCCGUGUGAUGCCGUGCCACCUUAUUCCAGCUACGAACUGAAAUCACUUUACAUGGGAUGCCAAUACGUUCCGACUCGGUUGUGGCUCAGCCGGCCCGGAUCGGACGUCGAUCCACCCCCAAGACUUGGAAGAAGAAGACGAUAAAAUGUUUCUUUUUUUU